CAAAGUCAUAUAUUGGGCUGAUUCAACUACGGUGCUGCAUUGGUUAAAGUCGGAAUCCUGCCGAUACAAGGUCUUUGUGGGGUCGAGGGUAGCAGAGAUUCAGACUUUAACAGAUGUCACCCAAUGGAGGCAUGUGGACUCUGCUCGGAACCCAGCUGACCAUAUCACUAGAGGUCUUACCUUAGACCAAAUAGCAGGUCCUCACCAAUGGAGAUCUGGGCCAUCUUUCCUAACUGAACCACAGGAUAUGUGGCCAUUGACACCCAGUACGGAGUCCGUACCUGACCUGAGCGAGAUGAAAAGGGCAUCCUUUGUCGGAGCAGUCACUGUCAUUCCCAGUCCAGUGCCUUCAGACCUCAGUCAAUUCAGAACCUGGAGCGAGCUAGUCCAAGCUACUGUUGAGUCCUGUAAUGGGGCGGCCAACAACAACGUCUUUGAAGCCUCAAUGUAUACACAGGCAGAAAAGCUCCUAUUAGCACAGUCACAGCUUGAUUCAUUCCCGGAGGAAUUCAGAGCUUUGAAAGCUGGAAAGCUUAUCCCGACAGACAGCCGCUUGAGUUCUCUCGCCCCAGAAUAUGACGAAAAUACUGGUCUUAUCAGAGUGGGUGGACGACUUCGUCGGGUUGAAUCCCUGCCUUCUGAUAUCAUUCACCCGAUCGUCCUAGAUCCUCAUCAUCAGGUCACAAAGCUACUCAUCCAAGACAUAGAUCAGCAACUACAUCAUCCAGGUGCAGAGCGAGUGCUAGCAGAGCUACGUCGUAGAUACUGGGUGCUUAGAGGCCGUGAAGCUGUGCGCAAACACCAGUAUUCUUGCCAGGAUUGCCAGUUUUGGCGUGCUAAGCCGCAGAACCCACAGAUGGCCGACCUUCCACCCUGUAGGCUUCGUCUGUUUAAGCCACCAUUUUACUCCACUGGCGUAGACUGUUUCGGGCCCUUUCAGGUAAAGAUAGGUCGGCGCCAGGAAAAGAGAUGGGGAAUUCUAUACAAGUGUUUGACAACCAGAUGUUUACAUCUCGAUCUCCUCGAGCACCUAGAUACUGACGCCUUCCUCCUUUCUUUACGACGCUUUAUAGCUCGUAGAGGAAAGCCUUUCGAGAUUCUAUGUGACAAUGGCACUAAUUUUACAGGAGGUGAUCACGAGUUAAAGGACGCCUUUCGUCAAAUGGCUCCUGAGCUGCAGGAACAACUAGCUAAACAGCAGAUCCAGUUUUGCUAUAACCCACCAAGUGCCCCUCAUUUUGGCGGGACAUGGGAGCGAGAGGUGAGAUCAAUUAAGACUGCAUUACGAGUCAUUCUACGUGAACAAUCCGUGCCUGAAUCUGUUCUGCAAACAUUGCUAGUGGAAGUUGAGGGCAUCCUCAAUUCCAAGCCCCUUGGCUAUGUUUCAUCGGACAUUGCAGACCUUGAUCCUGUGACUCCUAACCUACUACUCAUGGGACGUCAUGAUGCUUCAUUACCACAAGUUCUUUAUGACUCCGACGAACUCUUGGGGAAACGCAGGUGGAGACACAGUCAGGUAUUGGCCGACCAGUUCUGGACUGCUUUCAUUCGCUGCUACUUACCCGAACUACAGGGUAGACAGAAAUGGAGAUCAGAUGGCAAAGAGAUUGCAGUGGGACAGGUGGUACUCGUAAUUGACAAUCAACUCCCACGAGCGCUAUGGCCUGUGGGUAUCGUGACCGAAACCUGCCCAGGGGCUGACGGGAGAAUUCGAACAGCCAAAGUUCAAGUCAAAGGCAAGAUCUACAUGCGCCCUGUCGUGAAGCUGAUUCCACUUCCUCCAAUGAGGGAUAAUGAUACAGACCCUCCAAACGGCCUUUCUUAAGGAAUACAAUUAUCCUGACUGAUAAUUGGGGGCGGCUGUGUCAGAAAGUCCGUCUCGGAACGGGAACAAGCAGUGGUCUGACGGACUCUUAUUAUAGUUGCAACUUCCUGCAGGCUGAUGCAAAAGCCAGUUCCAGCCUGAUAUCGCUGUUUUCCCUGAUAUUGUGCAAUGUUGUGCGUUCAUGCAACAAAUACCACAACAUAACAUGAUUGCAUCAUAUAACUCUCCUUACCAUCCUGAGAUUGUAUAUGGAUGUCACUUACUGCCUGACGAAUAUCAUUAAAGAGAAGUUUGAUGAAGAUGUACUUCUCCUGUGCCUGAUUCUCUUACCGGAAUCACUGUCCAUAUUCGUCCGCCUACAGAACUGUAAAUUCUCAAACGUUGCUAGAGGUGCUACUC